AAGAAGCAUGUGAAGACAUGCAGAUCGUAUUUUAUUUAAAACUCUGCUGCCGCUGCCGCUGCCGCUGCCGCUGCCGGAGAAUGAUCUGGGUGGCAGCUGGCAGCCUUGGCAAGGGGCCAGGAGCCACUUCUGAGGGUGCCCAGAGAAGCAAAGGUUGCCAGUCCUGUGUCGUCGCCCUCUCUGCCCCCCAGGAGGGGCAAGAGGGAGCCAGGGCUGAUGUCAGAAAUACACUUUUGGAGAUGGCUUCUAAAUCCCGGCUGAAUUUUUUAGCCUUCCUCUAUGGAUCGGCAAUAGGAUUUCUUUUAUGUUCUCAGCUAUUUAAUAUUUUGUUGGGAAACGAGGGUGACACCCAGUCUAAUGUUCUUCAUAAAGAUCCUCAUGCGAGGCAUUCAGAUGAUAAUGGACAGAAUCAUCUAGAAGGACAAAUGAACUUCAAUGCAGAUUCUAGCCAACGUAAAGAUGAGAACAUAGACAUCACUGAAAACCUCUAUCAGCAAGUUAAAAUUCUUUGCUGGGUUAUGACAGGCCCUCAAAACCUAGAGAAAAAGGCCAAACAUGUCAAAGUUACCUGGGUCCAGCAUUGUCACAGAGUGUUUUUUAUGAGUUCGGGAAAUAAAGACUUCCCUGCUGUGGGAUUGAAAACCAAAGAAGGCAGAGAUCAGCUUUACUGGAAAACAAUUAAACCUUUUCAGUAUGUUCAUGAACAUCAUUUAGAAGAUGUUGAUUGGUUUUUGAAAGUAGAUGAUGAUACAUAUUUCAUACUACACAAUUUGAGAUGGCUUCUUUCAAAAUAUGAUUCUAAAGAACGCAUUUACUGUGGAAGAAGAUUUAAACCCUUUGUAAAACAGGGCUAUAUGAGUGGAGGAGCAGCAUAUUUACUAAGCAAAAAAGGCUUGAAGAGAUUUGUUGAUGCAUUUAAAACAGACAAGUGUACACAUAAUUUCUCCAUUGAAGACUUAGCACUGGGGAGAUGCAUGGAAAUUAUAAAUGUAGAAGCAGGAGAUUCCAGAGAUGCCAUUGGAAAAAAACCUUUUCAUCACUUUGUGCCAGAACACCACUAUAAAGGUUAUCUACUUAGAACCUUUUGGUACAGGAAUUACAGCUAUUAUCCUCCGGUAGAGGGUCCUGGUUGCUGUUCUGAUCUUGCAGUUUCUUUUCACUAUGUUGAUUUUACAACUGGGUAUGUGUUAGAAUACCUCAUUUAUCAUCUUCGUCCGUAUAUUUAUUUAUACAGAUAUCAAGCUACCUUACCUGAAAAUAUACUAAAGGAAAUUAGUCAAGCAAACAAAAAUGAAGGCACAAAAGUGAAGUUAGGAAACCCUUGAAAGAAAAUCACGAAUGAACAAAGGUAAAAUGUCUAGCAUUGCACUGAAGAAGGACUUCUGCAUUUCUGACAUAGAACACUGGAAUCCCAGUGAGGAAUUCUAAGUGAACAUUCCAUAUAGAAACCUUUCACAUGAAUGACUAUAAACUGAAGCUUUAAAUGACCUGCGAAGUCUGUUAAAAUGUGUUUUGACACAGUAAUAUAAAAAUAUAUCUAUAUAU